AUGAGUCUACUCGGGUUUGAGGGAUUUGCCAGAGGCCUCAAGGCCUACAUCGGACAUGCUGCCAGAUGUGAUUCAGAAAGGAUCGCAUACAUCGCCGGUCAAGUUCUGUCCGACGCCUUGAAUAUCGCUACCGAUGGUCUCCCGUACCUGGGAAACUUGAGCCGCGCAGGCGUGGAUGGCCGGUUCGCACGCAUGAUUCCGUUGCGAACUGCGAUCGACUGGCGUCCCAUCUGCUUAACGGUACCAUGCCACCAAAACCAAGCAUCCAGCGGAGACCGUCUUCUCCAGCCGACCGAGAGCUCCGGAGAAGGGAAAUGCGUACUGUGA